AAAACUACUCAGACUUAAUGGUGGCAAAUCUGUUCAAGCUGCACUCUCGAGAGUGGGACACAGAAAAGAUCGAGAGUUUAUUCUCAUCGCUGGUCCCAAAAAUACUAAGCAUCAAGCCCAAUAAACAAGGUGCACCAGACAGAAGAAUCUGGUUAAAAAACAUUGCAGGAGUCUACUCAACAAAAACAGGCUACUAUUCAGCUCUGGAGGAUAGGGAGAAUCAAGAAUCAAUUCCGCAGCAGCAACAAUUUAAUUGGAUAAGAGACGUCUGGACAUUACCAACAGCAGAGAAAAUAAAAGUGUUCAUCUGGAAAGCUUCCCUAGGUGCACUACCAGUCAAUGCUAACCUAGCAAACAGACAGAUCAUUCCACAACCAGAUUGUGCUAUCUGUGGGGAAAGUGAAUCAAUCCUACACCUAUGCUUCCUUUGCCCUUUCGCUCAAAGAGUAUGGGAUCAUGUACCUUUUGCUUCAUCGUUUAGAGCAGCGGCGCACGAUAGCUUUGGAGCAGGAUGGAGAGCCCUACAGGAUAAUAUUUGUCUCCCUCCGGUGGGCCUCGGACAGAGAAUCCUUGUUCCCUGGGUAAUCUGGAACCUAUGGACAGCAAGGAAUUACCACAGAGGCUUUUCUGAACAAGAAACGGUAACAAAGGCAAUCGGUGAUGCCCGUGAAUGGGUCAAUGCUCAAAGCAUCAUACCCCCCUCCCACCCAAGAGAACAAAGCGCGAAUGUACCUGCAGUAGAAGACUGUGUCUGCCGAUCGGAUGCCGCCUGGAAAUCAGAAAUACUAGCAGCAGGAGUAGCUUGGAUUCAUUCGCGAAAUUGUGAUGGAUGGAGUCAAGCCCACUCGACAAUCUUCGAGCAUGUGAAAUCACCCCUCGUAGCGGAGGGGCUAGCCCUGCGAGCAGCCAUGGAGCACGCUUUGUCGCUGAACAUCAAAUGCAUCUCCUUUGAAUCGGACUCCAAGAACCUAAUUUCAGCAAUUGAAGAAGGAUCAUGCUUUUCCAACCUCCACGGAAUCAUCGCAGAUAUCGUCACUCUCUCGACUUUGUUCGAAAGAGUCUCUUUUCGAUUUGUUAAUCGCAUUUCGCUAACCGUAGUUGAUGGUUUAGCCAAACAAUGGAAUGUGGAGAAAAUCGAAUUAGUCUUACCUGCUCAUCGUAAUGACAUACUGGCUGUGAAUCCAAGUCUUCUAGGUAAUAAAGAUAGCCUCCUCUGGUUGGGACAUUCCUCAGGGUCUUAUUCAACAAAAUCUGGGCUAAGUUGGGGCACCCUCUCAGCCUGGAUUUGCCGGGGACUUUGGAUUGCUAGAAACCAAAAAAUCUUCAAUUCCAGAUCGUUCUCGACUCAAGAAACAUGGACUAAAGCGAUCCAAGAUGCAAGAGAAUGGAGUUUGGCACAAGAACCCUGCUCCCAAAAGUCCCCCGUGGCAAAAGUUCCCUCUGGGCACGAUCGUGUGGAAGAUCCCGAUCUAAUACCCUGUUACUCAGAUGCGGCAUGGCAGGCGAAUUCCAAAUAUGCAGGAUUCGGAUGGACAUUUCGCUGGCCAUCGGAAAGUAUCAUAAAUGGAUUUGGAUCCAAAAUGCAUGGAAGCCCUCCUGGAUGCAAUCAAAAGACAGAUCACAUCAUUAUAUCCCCCGUGCGGAAAGUAUUGUGGCUGAUUCUA